UUGAAAGUAGGGGAACCAAAGGUAUUUCUCAGGCAGAAAUUCGCUUGGCUAUGAAUGUGGGGAAGCUAGAAGCAAGGAUGCUGUGUCGUCUUCUGGAGAGGUACAAAGUUGUCAAGGGUUUUAUGGAAGAUGAAGGUCGGCAAAGGACAACAAAGUAUAUUUCAUAUAUUUUUGCGGAGGAGAGUGACUUAAACCGUCAGUUUGAGAGAGAGAAGGCCAGGAGUGAGCAGUUAGCUACAGUUACUUUGGCUCUAGUGCCAGAAGAUUCCCCACCUGCGGCAGAUGUGUCUCCUGGGGAAGAUGAUGCUGUGGUCUCCGAGUCUGACCAUGAAGAAGAAGGGAAAGAUGGCAAGAAGAGAGGAAAAGCUCAGAAGGACAACUCUGGUUCUCUGUUGAAAUUAAGUUUCCAAGAUGAUGCACAUCAGUCAACACCAGCUAAAGGCUCAAAGCCAGCAGCGGUGAAGUCUCAGGGGAAGAAGCUGCCUUCCCCUCAAAUUCUUGAAGAGACCGAUGAGCUCCCAGACAGCAUUUUGGGGGAGAGUUCUACUUUGGAAGCUCUAAAGCAGGAGUCCAAUCUUUCCACCUGUGCUCAUUCCACCGAUGAAGACGGGGAUCUGGCUGUGGUGGAGGAGGUCAGACUUGAAGACCCGAAGACCUGUGGCCAAAAGAAGGAAAAGCGUUCCAAAGCUACAGCGGUGGAGCGAUCUCACGAAACGUACAGGCUGCUGAAGCGCCGAAAUCUCAUUGUGGAAGCUGUUCGAAACCUCCGGCUAAUUGAAAGCUUGUUCACGCUUCAGAAAAUGGUCAUGGAUCAAGAGAAGCAAGAAGGUGUCUCCACCAAAUGCUGCAAAAAGUCUAUCGUCCGACUGGUGCAGAAGCUUGCGCGAGAAGGGCUCCUCAGGCUCUAUCGUACUACAGUCAUUCAGGAUGGCAUUAGUAAAAAGGUAGAGUUUGUUGUGCAUCCUUCAGUGAGUCCUAAUGAUCCCCUUGUAAAAAGUGCCAUUGAGCAGGUGCGCUUCCGAAUCUCCAAUUCAAGCACCGCGAACAGGAUUAAAGUUCCCCAGACACCAACAUCCCAGGACCAUGCUGAGGAAGAAAACCUGGGGCAAGAGCCAGCUCCUGAUUCAGGAGAAACACAAGAAAACUCGGGUAAAGCUGAUAAUAAUAGUCGUGCAAGAAAAACUGAUGACAAAAUGGGCAUAACACAGCUGAAAAACUAUCACCCUGUUACAGUGCCAGGACUUGGGCGUUCUCUUGGCUUUCUUCCCAAAAUGCCCCGUUUAAGAAUGGUCCACAUGUUCCUCUGGUACUUAGUUUAUGGACACCCUUUAAAUGGAACACAGCAAAAAGGAGGUAGUGAUGGUGAGAAAAAAUGCAGCAAACAAGGGCUGGAUGUGAAUGCAGCUGUACUUGAAGCACAACCCGAUGGGACCUUGGAAAUUACGACAACUGUCGGGAAUCCUGAAAAUCCUGCACAGGAGACUGAAGUAGAGUUGUCCAAUCAAACAGUGUACGUGGAUGACGUGUCGUGGAUGCGCUACGUCCCUCCGCUCCCGGUUCACAGAGAGUUUGGAUACGGAUGGGCUCUUGUUAGUGACAUUCUUCUCUGCUUGCCUCUCUCGCUCUUUGUUCAGAUAGUACAAGUCAGCUACAAGGUGGAUGGUCUAGAAGAUUUUUUAAAUGAUCCGCUAAAAAAGCACACCCUGAUCAGAUUUCUUCCAAGGUCAGUCCGACAGCAGCUUCUCUACAAAAGGAGGUACAUUUUUUCAGUGGUAGAAAACCUUCAGAGAUUAUGUUAUAUGGGACUGAUACAGUUUGGCCCAACAGAGAAGUUUCAAGACAAAGACCAGGUCUUUGUCUAUAUGAAGAGAAACGCUGUGAUUGUUGAUACCACUAUCUGUGACCCCCACUAUAACCUGGCUCAAAGCAGCCGCCCGUUUGAGAGGCGCUUGUACGUUCUGAACACCAUGCAGGAUGUGGAAAACUUCUGGUUUGAUCUGCAGUGUGUCUGCCUCAAUACACCACUGGGAGUUGUCCGCUGUCCUCGUUCAAAGAAAAGUAAUCUUCAAGGGGAAGAGACGGCACUAGAUGUGGAAAUGGAACAAGAGUCAGCAGCGGAUAAACACAAUCUGGAACGAAAGUGUGCCAUGUUGGAAUACACCACAGGCAGCCGAGAGGUGGUUGAUGAUGGAACUAUCCCUGGAGAUGGGUUGGGAGCUGCAGGUCUGGAUUCCAGCUUUUAUGGGCACCUAAAACGCAACUGGAUCUGGACAAGCUACAUCAUCAAUAAGACUAGGAAGGAAAAUACAGUUUCUGAAAAUGGACUGACAAUGAGACUCCAAACCUUCUUAACAAAACACCCCCUUCCACUCAGUACUGGAGGUAACAAAAUUAAUAUUUUGGGAGAAGGAAAGGUAGGAUCUGAGUCACAGGUCCAGAAAGAGGAAUGUAUUGAAAUAAGUAAAGAACCAAACCAGGAUCGAACCAAACGAGUGAGAGGUGGAAAAAGCCAAAAGAGGAAGAGGCUCAGGAAAGACAUUGGAAAGAAGACAAAGAGGAAGAAGAAGGAAGAGGAUUCUGUAGAAAAAAGCAAAAGACUCCGCUACCAUGACGAAGCUGACCAGAGUGCCCUGCAGAGAAUGACACGUCUGCGUGUCACCUGGACAGUGCAAGAGGACAGUCUGCUCAUGCUGUGCCGCAUUGCUAGUCAUGUGCUAAAUGCCAAGGUAAAAGGGCCCUUUGUUCCAUGGCAAGUCGUUCGGGAUAUCAUGCAUGCCAGCUUUGAGGAGUCCCUCGAUAAAACUUCUCAUUCCGUUGGACGAAGAGCUCGUUAUAUUAUCAGAAAUCCACAGACCUAUCUUAAUUAUAAAGUUUGCCUUGCGGAGGUUUACCAAGAUAAAGCCCUCAUUGAAGAUUUCAUGAAUAGAGAAAAUAAUUAUGAAGAUCCACAGGUUUGCGCAAAGGAGUUUAAAGAGUUUGUGGAAAGACUAAAAGAGAAAUUCAGUUCGACCCUGGGGAAUCCCAAACUUGAGAUUCCUGAUACUUUGCAGGAACUCUUUUCCAGAUUUCGAGUUUUGGCAAUCGGAGAAGACACAAAUCAGAACACAAAAGAGGAUAGUCUAAGCAGCAUCUAUGAUAUUCAUUUUCUAGUUCUACAGAAUCUGAUUCAGAGCACACUGGCACUCUCAGAUAACCAGAUGAAAUCUUGCCAGUCAUUUCAGACAUUCCGUUUGUACCGGGAGUACCGGGAUGACAUUCUUGUGAAGGCUUUCCUAGAGUGUCAGAAGAGAAGCUUGGUCAAUCGCCGUCGAGUAAACCACACGCUGGGUCCAAAGAAAAGCCGGGCUUUGCCUUUUGUACCCAUGUCGUAUCAGCUGUCUCAGAGUUAUUACAGAGUUUUUACGUGGCGAUUUCCCAGUACAAUUUGUACAGAGUCCUUUCAGUUCUUCGAGAAGCUCAAGGAUGCUGAAAAAUCAGACGAGCCGGAUAACUUCUCAUUUAAAGAUCAAGAGAACAAAGCCUCAGAAGGCAUGAUCGCAUUUCCUAUGGAUGGACCUGGUGGGCAGUGUGUGGCGAUGCUUUCCCUGUUCUCCCUGGGGCUUGUGUGUGUGAACGUGAGAAUCCCAGAGCAGAUAGUUGUGGUGGACAGCACUAUGGUGGAAAAUGAAGUGAUAAAAAGUUUGGGAAAAGAAGGACUUGAGGAUGAUGAUGACGAUGAUGAUGAUGACUUAGAUGACAGCUCUGGAGGUAAACCGAGAAUAGCAGUAAAAGCUCGUCAAGCAUCUCAUACCAACUACUUACUGAUGAGAGGCUACUACGCCCCUGGAAUUGUCAGCACGCGCAACCUGAGUCCCAGUGACAAUAUCGUGGUCAAUUCCUGCCAGGUGAAGGUUAAGCUGCGAUGUACACCAGUUCCAGGAAGGCUCAGCUCUCCAGUUCCUUCUCUGCUGGAUAACAUGGCUGUGGGAAUCUCCUGCCUCCCUGAAACUUUUACAAGGCUGAUCAAAGUCCAAGAAGAAAAUUACGAGGUUGAUCGGUUUCUUCGUGAGUGUACAGAAGGUUAUGGUUAUAAUCCCAGAGAUGUAGCUGCUGUUUUGGAGAUCCGUAAUGCAAUUGAGGAAACUUCCCACUUUGGAAUUUGCAAAGCUGAGCUGAGCACGCGUUUCUGCAGCUACGAAGAGGUGGAACCUGAACGCACCAGGAGCUUGGAGCAGUACAUUCAGGACUUGAUUGAAAUGCAGCAGGUUUUAGAAGUAGGAGGCCAUGCUGUAAGACUGGUUGCAAUAGUAUUUGCCAAGCCAUGGCUGUUACAUUCAGUGUGUCUGAAGAAUAAAGGAGAUGAUUCUGAUCAGCAAAGUGCAGACACUGCUCUCCCAGAUGCACAGCAGGAUUGCCUGCCGUCAGAACCAAAGAUGGGAGAGGAGUGUUCCAGAGAGGAGGAGGAGGAGCUGGGAAAAGACACACAAUCUGUCAGCGAUGAAGAACCCCCAAGGAAGAGAUGUAAGACUCAAAAUGAUGUCCUUCAGGAUGGCAAUCAACUCUGCCAGGGUUCAGAGAGUGGUUUGGAAAGUGCAAAUGAGAAUAACUGUGAUGCGAGUGUUACUGAUCCUGCUACAAUGAAGGAGUCAGCCAUGGAUGAAGAGCCAGGCUCCCCAGGAGGGCAGACUGAACACCCAGCUGAGCACCCAGUGUGUGCUCCAGACGCUGUGGAUGCGGACACUUACAAGGAACAAGAUAAAUCUUAUUCUGAGGACAAAGAACUUGAAGCAGAGAAUGAUGAGCUCAGCACUGAGCCCAACAAGCAGCUCCCUAGCCGUGAACAAUCAGCCAGUGAGCAGGAUGAUGAGCUUUCCUACUUCCAAGAGAACCCAGGAGUCUCUAAAGGAAGUUCUAUGGCAGAUGUGUCCCAGGCAGCCAGGGACCGGGCCUGCGAGAACGUCUGCUUCAUUGGGAGACCGUGGAGGAUUGUGGACGGGAACCUGAACAAGCCGGUGUGCAAGGGGAUGAUGGAAGCCGUGCUCUACCACAUCAUGACAAAACCAGGCAUCACGGAGGGCACGCUGCUGCAGCACUACACCGGGGUCCUGCAGCCGGUUGCUGUCUUGGAGAUCCUGCAGGGUCUGGAAACUCUUGGUUGCAUCAGACGAUUCUACAUGAGAAAGCCAUCCCCGGUGUCACUCUUUUCUCAGCCAGUUAUAGAAGAACAACUGAACAACCCCAAACUGAGUGAAGUGCCAACAAUAUACUAUGAGCCCACGAUAGACUGUACCCUCAGGCUGGGAAGAGUGUUCCCCUCUGAAGUGAACUGGAACAAAUGGGUGCAGAUUAUCCCUGUAUAG